CUCCUGUAAUAUCAUAUAAUAAUAACCAUCACCACCAGCAUCAUCUUGAAACAGAGGCAGGCUGACGUCACCGCGCAGCGCCCUCCCUGGACUGGACUUGAGAGAGGGCAGAGCCACGCGACUCCCGAGCCCCCUUCCUUCCCCAGGCUGCCAGUGUGAGACAUUAGAGGGGAGAAGGACAGAGCCGGGGAGGGACAGAGGAAAGGUGGGGGUGCAGCCACCGAAGGCCUUCUCUAUGGUGAGGAAGAGGUGGCGGCAGUGGAGGAGGCGGCGGCAGUGGAGAAGCUCAGCAGAAACGGCAGCAGCCGCCGCCACCACGGCCACCACCAACACCACUGUACCAGGAGGAGCAAAGGCAGCAGGCGCAGCAGCUCCACCAGGAGCAAGCAGCGGUAGCAGCAGUGGAGGAAACAGCAGCAGCGGCUCUGAUGUCCCUGGCGGUGCAGGUACAAAAGUAAAUGGGGAAGAGAAAGGGGCUUUAGGAGGUCAAUCUCUGACCCACUGGCGGAGAAGCUGCUGCCUGUUACAGCCACCCCACGCAUCCACCCUACCACUGCACGCCCCUAUCCUGCCGCCCCCGCCGCCCCUGCCACCCCUGCAGCACUCCCUCCCGCCUGUGCCCAUCAUGCCAGUCGCCCAUGCCGAGCAAAGCCCGCGGAUCCGGGAAGUUUGGGCUUGCAACCUGGACGAGGAGAUGAAGAAAAUGCGCCCCGUUAUCCAGCAGUACAAUUACGUGGCUAUGGACACGGAGUUUCCAGGUGUGGUGGCCAGACCCGUGGGGGAAUUCCGAAGCUAUGCCGACUACCAGUACCAGCUUCUGAGGUGCAAUGUGGACUGGCUGAAGAUCAUCCAGCUGGGGCUGACCUUUAUGAAUGAGCAAGGAGAGUGCCCUCCGGGAACCUCCACGUGGCAGUUUAAUUUUAAGUUCAAUUUGAAGGAGGACAUGUACGCCCAGGACUCCAUCGAGCUGCUCACCAUGUCCGGCAUCCAGUUCAAGAAGCACGAGGAGGAGGGCAUCGAGGCACAGUACUUCGCAGAGCUCCUCAUGACCUCCGGGGUGGUCCUGUGCGAUGGGGUCAAGUGGCUGUCCUUUCACAGUGGCUACGACUUCGGUUACUUCAUCAAGAUCCUCACCAACUCGCCCCUGCCAGAAGAAGCCCACGACUUCUUCGAGAUCCUGAAACUCUUCUUCCCAGUCAUCUAUGACAUCAAGUACCUCAUGAAGAGCUGCAGAAACCUCAGGGGUGGGCUCCAGGAAGUGGCCACUCAACUAGAGCUGGAGAGAGUUGGCGCUCAGCACCAGGCGGGGUCUGACUCCCUCCUCACGGGGUUGACCUUCUUCAAAAUGCGAGAAAUGUUCUUUGAAGACCACAUUGAUGAUGCCAAGUAUUCUGGUUACCUGUAUGGCCUUGGUUCUGGAGCCACCCAUGCCUAUAGCAACUCCAGCCGGGCCUACCACAGUGGCUACCACAACAAUUUCCACAACUUCCAGUAUGUCCAGUACAGCAGAGAACAAGUAUGGAGAGGAGAUCAGCCAGCAUUCUUGAGUGUUCCCAUGAAGAGUAUUCUUCCUUUAAUCCAUCUUGUCAAUGGCUCUUUUAAAAAAAUUAACUCACACAGCUACUGGAAACAUGGCAUGAAGCAGCCCAUGGCAUCCAUACAGAAUCAUCCAUACAGAGGUACUCUCAUACACACUUGGAUUCCAGAAAGAUUCACCCAUUCCUGCCAUGACUCCCAUCCUAACAACAAGCCUGGGAGAAUGAAGAUACAGAGACUGUGCUAAAACAACAAGAUACUCUACCAACUUGGGGACAAAUUGGGACACUUGCAGUCCAAGCAAAACAAAAAAUGGACAAGCAACAAUUUAUACCUCCUGAUUAUACUAAUGCCUUAAUUCUUUCCAUGCUAGUCAUUUUAUCUGUGCCCCCUGGUAUUUCUGCCAUUGAAAGCCCCUUAUCUCCCAUUACUCAUUUUUCUUUGUGGAAAUUCAUUUCUUCUCUCUCCCCCUGCUAUAUUACUGUGCUCUAAUGAAAAGAAAAGUCCCAAACCCAUUUAAGCCUCUGCAUUGAUUAUACAACGUGUUUCCCCCACAAAUUAUAGAAAUUCUUGCUAUGUAUUUUAACAAAUUGUCUUAAUCCCUCCAUUCCUGCUAUCAUUGUAUUUGUUGUUAAAUAACCACCCUUUCUUAUGCUUCCUGUUAAUAUUACUAUUGACUGGUAUGAUGGUCCAGGCAUUUAUGCCCUACAAUUAAUUUCCAACAGUUUAAACCAUCCUAAACCCCUUCAUUGCACCCCUUAUUUUGGGUAUCACUGAACUCAUUGCAUCACUAGCAACCUUCCCUACAAGGAGUCCACACUAUACAGACAAAUCAUGGAUAUCAGUCACUCUGGUACCUCCCUUUAUUCAGCCUCAUCCAUUGCUAAUUCAUUUUAUGACAGCCUCUCUUCCCUUAUCUCCAACAGUGAUUUGACCCAUACCUUUAUUGCUCGUGGAUUUGCUCUUGUCGUAUUUUUUCUCAUUCUUCUUUGCUUUCCAGUCCUCAUCUGAUACCUAGGGUCCACCAUUUGGCAAGUCCAAAUUGAACUGAAGUCUCUUCAGCUCAAAAAUAAAAAGAAAGGGGGAUGUUCUGGGGGCCAUCAGUCCAUGACGCCUUGACAGAGUCAUGCAGGGUAGCUGGGAAGACCACAGAGUGGUCCUUGACGAGAUACGACUGCCCACUCUAUCCCCAGCAUGACCUCUUUCACCAAUGCCCCUUACCUAUGAAUUGACAUGAUUAUUAUUCCCCCUAGUCUCAAAAGAAAUAAUGCAAAAGCAAAACACAUGUACCCUAAUUCCCCAAAACAUCACCAAAAGAUCAGACCCUCAAACCCAAUCCCAAAAGACUAUCAUGGGUUAACUUUUAUUUAGAUACACAAUUCCCAGCAAAGCUGCGGUUACAGGCCAAGACCAAAAUUUUCUCAUGAAGCCAACACACAAAUCAAUCAUAGAGGCCCAAGUGAUAAUUACAAGUACAUAAAGCUUCAGUAUGCCUCAGUGAAUCAGUAACUCCCUAGAAGCCACUAGUCUAAAUUUGAAUUGUGUUCCCAGACCCCUCAGCCCCUAUGGUAUGAUUGUUGAAUUGUCUUCUAAGAACUGCUGAUUAAUUAUUCCAUUUUAUUAAAAGCAAUACGUAAUUUUCCUUAAUUGUUCAAAACUUCUCACAGGGUAAUGAGAAAAUUAAGCCACUUGUGACGAAAUAAUUUAUCUUGUGUUCAACCUUUAUUCUGUCUGUAAUCACAAUACAAAAAUAUAGAAUGUUAAUCAAGUGAUUUGUUAAAAGUUAAUGUAUCACUCCCAAUUAUCUCUCUUUGAUUUUGUAUAACUAUAUGCCAAGAAUGUGGAUAUAAAAAUAAAUCCCAAGCCAGGGAAUGUUGGAGCAGCUGUUAGAUGCAAAGUAAUCCCAUGGCUGUUAUGAUUAA